AUGUCGUAUCUGUCUUCGAGUCUGGUAAUCGCGGGUCUGGCCUGGCUCUCGUACCUCGUCGGCCUGGUCGUGUACAGACUUUACUUCCACCCUCUGGCUCGAUUCCCAGGGCCCAAGUACGCGGCGAUCAGCAAGUGGCAUGAGUACUACUACGACGUCCAUUUGCAGGGGAAAUUUAUCUUCCACAUAAAAGCCCUGCAUGAAAAGUAUGGACCCAUUGUUCGCAUCACCCCGGACGAGGUGCAUAUCCUCGACUCAGACUUCUGGGAAACCAUCUACACCAAAGCUGGCAGGGUUGAUAAGUACGAUUGGAUGUCUGGUCGCUUCGGAAACGAGAAUUCGGUCCUCAGCACAGCGCCAGACGAGCUGCAUCGCAUCCGACGAAAUGCCCUGAACCCUUUUUUCUCGCGAAAAAGAAUCAUCGACCUGCAGGUCAUCAUUCGCAAGAAGCUUAACCGCUUACUCGCAAAGGCACGAGAGUACCAGCAAUCUGGCGCGCCUGCGGUCAUCAGUCGGGGCUAUAUGGCCUUGGCUGAAGAUGUGAUCAUGGAAUACUGCUUCGCUCACGACUAUAACAGUCUCGAUGUGCCGGAAUGGACGCCUAUUCUUCAUGACCCCUUCAGGGCGGUCAGCAUCAGUGGCAACAUGUCGCUGCAGUUCCCUGUGGUGCCCAAGAUCCUGAAUUGCUUACCACAGUCCUGGCUUGUCAAGUUGGAGCCACUGUAUGCCCUUGUUUUCAAGAUGCAACAAGAUUUUGCCAAACAAAUCGUCAACUUGAAAGCCGGCAAGAUUGACGCCCUCGCCGAAAAGUCCGACCAUCCGACUGUAUUCUCUGAGCUACUUCGAGGCGACCUCCCUCCAAGUGAGAAGUCCGACCGCCGCCUGCAGGAUGAAGCACAGUUGAUCAUAGGCGCUGGGCUCGCCACCACGGGCUGGACCCUCAGCGUAGCCACUUUCUACAUCCUGAACGAUCCAAAUGUCCUUGGGCGCCUGCGGAAAGAACUCGAGGAAGCCAUUCCAGAAACCAACGAGCUGGACCCAAGCCAGCCGCUCGAGUGGACAGAAUUAGAGAAGCUGCCUUAUCUGUCGGGCUGCAUAAAAGAAGCUGUCAGGCUGUCCUAUUCCACGACGGCACGCAAUGCCCGUCUAUUUGCCAAGCCCGUCCAGUACGGCGAAUGGACCAUUCCGGCCAGGACACCGAUUUCGAUGACAAUCCCGUUUCUCAACCAUGACGAGGAGAUCUUCCCCAACUCCACGUCCUUUGUCCCGGAGCGGUGGCUCGACUCACCAAAAGCCAAAAAUGGGUCCAGUUUGGACAGAUAUUUUGUGGGAUUUGGCAAGGGCACGAGGUCUUGUUUGGGUAUUAACCUCGCCUAUGCCGAACUGUACUUGACCCUGGCAGCUAUGUUCCGAUACUUCCAAAUGGAGCUGUACGAGACCGACAAGAGCGAUGUGGAGUUGGCUCACGACUUCUUUCUUCCAUUUCCCCGACUGGAUUCCAAGGGGGUUCAGGUGAUUGUUAAACCAACCAAGAACAAUGGAUGA